GAAAGACUUCGAAGAGUCUCACCGCCACCCUGCUGAGAACAAAAGUUGUAUCGUGUCGUCCUCCCUGUUAGAGUGAAUUGUUAGAGCAAAUUUUUAAAAAUCCAAACCUAGUGUUAAUAUUGUUAGUUCAAAUUUAGUGCCAGUGAAAACUACUCGGAAUCGAAGCUGGAACACAUUUGUGCCAAGCUGCAGACAAUGCAUUACAAUUCAUUCAAUUGUAAGCAGAACAUCCUGGAGUACUACACCUGUCAUGGUGGCGUCAAUCAGCUCGGCGGUGUCUUUGUCAAUGGACGGCCCCUGCCGGAUCUGGUGCGGCAACGGAUCGUGGAGCUGGCCCACAAUGGAAUCCGGCCCUGUGACAUCUCCCGGCAGCUCCGGGUUAGCCACGGUUGCGUUUCCAAGAUACUAUCUAGAUACUACGAAACGGGCAGCUUCAAGGCGGGCGUAAUCGGUGGAUCCAAGCCGAAGGUGGCCACCCCGCCGGUGGUCGACGCAAUCGCCGCCUACAAGCUGCAAAAUCCAACGAUGUUUGCUUGGGAAAUCCGAGACAAGCUGCUGGCCGAUGGCAUCUGCGUCCAUGACAACGUGCCGAGUGUUUCGUCGAUCAAUAGAAUCGUUCGCAACAAGGCAGCCGAGAAGGCCAAAUACAGUUCCCGGAUGGAGUCCAGUAUGGAAAGUAGCCCCCGAUCCACUGUCUCCCGUGGUCAACAACAAGCGUCUCAAUCCCAACAGCAACAGCAGCAACAACAACAACAAUCGUCCCAGGCUCAAUCUUCGGCUCAGGAAUGCAUGAACCAGUCGCUCUCGGAUUCGGAGAAUAUGAUGAAAACUUCCCAACAGUCGGACAAUGUGGCCUCGACUUCGUACAGCAUCAAUGGGUUGUUGGGACUGUCACAGAAAUCACUCUCUGGAUCCAGUUCCAAACGACGCAAAAUCAAAGAUGAACCUGAUAUGAAGGGAGAUUUAAUGGGAUGCAUGAAACGUGAUAAGAUCCUCAAUCCACAUGGAUGGAAUCAAUCCGAUCCCAAAGACCUUUCCGAGAUGACUCACGAGCAGGACAAAGGCCAGCAAGAUAUGUUCUCGACGGGUGUAGAUUUUGUCCAUUCGAUGGCUAUGUCACAUGAAGAUAAUUCCGACAACCAAUCCAGUUUCACAAUCCGAGGUUUGUAUCCUAAAGAAGUUAAACCACACAAAUAUCAUCGAACGGAGGACGGGCUGGCGGUGGGUGUGAUCAUAGAGGACGACACCUCCGGACGUAAACAGCACCAGCAGCAGCACCACCCGCACCACCCUUCGGAUCUUUCCAAGACCCCGGGAGGCGGUUACGAAAAGAUUAUCACCAGCGAAAUGUUAGCCUCAUCGGCGGCAGCAGCUGCGGCCGCGGCAGCCGUCGGACUCAAACGAUCGGAGGCCUCCCCACUAGCUCAGUCCAUCGAAUUCCUCAGCGACAUGAACAACAACGUUUCGCAAAACAAUCAGAGCUUCCCAACGACGAGCUACGAGACGGCCACUUACAGCACCGGCGAGCCGACGGAAGCGGCCGUCCUCAAUCCACACAUUGCCUGCUCCUCCAACUAUUCGGCCUUCUUGCAGAACACCGACCAGUUUGCAGCAAACCCCGAGCUCAUCUUCCCGACGGCCUACACCCAGUACGCGCCCGGCUACGGUUCGUUCAACUACAACACGGCAUUUACGAACAACAAUCUGUGUCGGGAUCUGGGCCAGAUACACUACCCGGAGGAACAGUAACGGCGGUGGGUCGCCCACCAGCGCAGCUCAACCAGACACAACAGGCAACUUCAUGGCAACCCCAAACGGAACCACUUCGUCGAUCGUCGAAACCAGUAGGAAACCUCUGAAAACACAUUGUUUGGCAUACCCCAGUUCAACGAGAUAACUAUCUAACAACUACAAAUGAAGAACAGAAAUCUAUGUGAAACAUUUUGAAACAUGACAAAUUAUAUAAGUGGCAUUACUGAAACGUUGAA